AUGAAUCAAUACUCUAAUACACUAGACGCGUCGGAACCAACAGACGGUAAGGAACCCACUUCAAUCAAUAACUCCCCAGUUAAACCAUUAAGUUUCCCCAAGCAGAAUUUAGACAGUCAUAAUUCAAACAUAAACCUGAGAGCUUCCAAUUCAGAUUUAAAUAAUAAAGAAUUCAAUUCUAGUUCUGAUACAUGCAUAAGUGAAUCAGAAUCUCCAAGACCUACCAACGAAAACAAAAGUAAUACUAAUAAUAAUUCCUUUGACCGUAAUUUCAGCUUUGAUGAUUCAGAUCAAAUUAAUAAGACGAUUCAAACUAAAAUCAAGUUAGAGGAUGAAGAGUUUUCUUUUAUCGCUCAAACUCCUAUGACUUCAACUAUAGAUUUAAAUAAUCCUAGCAAAGAGGACGAAGCAACUUCAAACUAUAAUAACUCGUCACCAAAUAAAUCAAUAAUGAAGAAAACUGAUUCUUCGUCUCCUUCGAGAAAAAAUGUUGUAUUUACAAACUCAACUCCUGAAAUACAUCACUAUCCAGCGAAUAAAUCGAAUAUAACUACCAUUUCAAAUGAAGAGAGCAUUGACCAAUUGCCACACGAAUGGAAUGAGCUUCCGAAGGAAUCAUCUCAAUCUUCAGAUGAGGAUAAUCAGACACCUCCUGUACCUCCUGUCCAUAGAACUGAUACGUUUUCGUCACUUUUGCAGGAUGAUAAUAAAGAUGAUAUGGAUAGAGAUACUUUAAACGAAUUAAAAUUAAAGCACCAGAAUUUUAGUAAUUUAUCGUUAAAUGAAAAACUAGAUGUCUUCCUAUCGAAUAAACACAUGAAGACAGAGGAAUUAGAUGAUCAUUUAACUAAUUUGGACAAUGCAGUUAAAAAUAAGACUGGGACAAACAUUCACGUUUUAUCAUUGGAUUUGAAGAGACAAGAACAAAAUGAAGUAGAGAAUCCAUUAAACUCAUUGAUGAAAUCAUCAGAAGUUAGAUUAAGAUCAGCAGGUUCUUCUCAAUCAUCUUUACAGUCGUUAGUGGAUAACAAUCGAUACUUGGAAUCAAAUGGACGCCAGUUUAUCCCUAACAAGGGAAUUGAACUUAAUGAUGGUAUCAAAGGGUUUUCUAAUCAUAUGGUUGAGGCAUUAAUACCCACAGAUAAUAAUGAAAUCGAGCGAGAAGGAGAGGAAGACGAAGAAGAAGAAGUAGGGUUAAUGAUGAAAACUCCAUCAAACAGUCGUAUAAAUGAAUUAAAACAAUCAGAAAUGAACGACUCAGAAAACGAAGAGUUCCAUGAUUCAUUUGACACAAAUACAGAACAAUCAAUUAUGAAUUUAUUGAAAAGUGCAUCGAAUUCAGAUUUGAAUAAGCCAAAUUUCCAAUUCCAAUUAGGAAGCGUGUUGAUAAAGCAAGAAGACGAAAAGGAAGACGAAGAAGAAAAAGAAGAAAAAGCAGAAUGUAAUGUAUUUGUCAAAGAUGAACCCAAGGAUUCAGGUGGGAAUGAAGAUAUGUUAUUUUCAGAUGAUGAACAACAUCAGUUAACCAAGUCUGAAUUUAUACGAGAUGAUGGACUUAAAAAGGAAUCUGAUAUUAAUUACCAUGAGUAUGAGGCAACUUCAAAAAUUGAAUCAGUCUCAGGCUAUGGUAGAACACAUAAGGAUAUAAGGUUAAUUAAAUCUGAUGUGAAUAAUACUCAAGGAGGUAAAGAAAAUGAGUUAAAUAAUGAUAACAUACCGAAAGUAACUGACGAGACGUCAAUUGAUGAUACAUCGGAAGUCACGGAAAGUGUCAAUAAAUUCUCCAUCAGAGAUCAUAUAGAUAGUGAUUGGAAAUUUGAGGAUAGUAAUGAUGGUGAUAGGGAGGAUAAUGAUGAUUAUACCAACAAUGAGUUGACAACGGUGAAUGAUGACAGACUUGAAAACAACAAUAAAGGAACAGGUAUGUAUUCAAACACCAAAGGUGAAAGCUUGUUGAAUGUGAAUUUAUCGCCCAAUAUUUCGGUUAAUUCACAAGAAUUUAAGGAUGCAUCUGACCAUUUUAUUGGCAAGACAUUGGCUCCACGUAGUGUUGAUGAAGCGAUUGAUGCUACUCACCCACCAGUUCCGCUGAAAGACUUAAGUCAAAAUAAUAAAGCAUCAGAUAGACUGGAAGAUUAUGAUGAGAAUGUUUUAGCUAAUUCUUCUAACAUCGCACCUCCUGGUGAGAUUACUUUGCCACAAGUUGAAGCAAAUAAUUAUUCUUCAUUUGAUGAAAUAACGAAGAAUCUUGAAAGAUCCAAUAAUUCGUACGAGGAAUCAUUAUCUGCAGAAAAUGAUGUAGAUAACACGCCUCUCAACUUCAUCUCGAUCUGGCAUUCACAAGAAAGGCAGAAGAAGCCAUAUAAUACUCAUACCAAUAAUCAUAUUUCGACUUUGACCUAUGAUGUUAACAAGCCAUCAGAAAAUGAUUCAAAUAAAGUCAAAUUCCCUUCCUCAUUGCAACCUAAGAAGUUUAAAGAAGUCAAUGUUAUGUCCAGAAGAGUUGUUAGCCCAGGUUUUGAAGACCUACACGUUUCUGGAUUUUUACCUGAACUAUCAGAGGAUUCAGGUUUUGGAAGCCAAUUGAAGCUUUUUAAAUCUGGAUAUAAUACAUCUGGUAUGAGUAACUAUUCACAAGUUCUUGAAAGUAACGGUCAGAAGUAUGCCCCUUUAAAUACAAGAAAUGUUUUGUCUAAUCUUGACAACAACCCUAAUGUGGUUGAACCACCUAAGGUUGGAAAUAAUUGGAACAAGAAUUUGCUGAAACAAGGAUUCAAGAUCAGCAGGUCUCUUAAACCAGAAGCGAAUGCAAGUAGAUCUUUGAAACCAGAGGAUUCACAUACUCAAACUAAGCAAUCGAAAUUUAGAGUACCAUCAUUUGAAAUAAAGAGAACAAAUUCCACAUUAUCCCCAAGAAACCAAUAUGAUGAAAUUUUCGAGGAUGUCAUAAAGCAACCACCUACUAUCAAAAGUCACGGCAUGAAGACAUUACCUAGCAUGGAUCGCGAUGAUGUGAAGCGGAUACUAGCAACGAAAAGAGUUAUAAGCCAGGACGAAUAUUCCAAAGUUAAAUUGAUUGGUAAUAGUAAAAAGAAUUCCAUCGUUAAUGAGCCGAAUGACAAAUAUGACGAUCUACAACAACAUGCAUCCAUAUGUAACGUUUCUACCGAAUCAAGUCCUGUUCUCGAUAAAAAUGUUUUACCUCAUCUAGCAAAUGAGUUAUUAAGGAUCCCUUCUGCUCUCUUAUCGAAAGAUCAGCUUUUCAAUGAAUUUGGUUUCCCCCCAAAGACUUCAGAUAAUAUAUUUAAUAAUUCGCAGUCUCCAUCUAGAACUACUUCUGUUAUACAUAAUAAGGAAUCAGCUGCACCUUUAGAAGACUAUGUGACCUCAAAGCCUCUUCCAAGUGCUAUGGAUAUCGAUCAAGUUCAAAAAUUAGAACAAUCACCAGAGACUAAUAUGUCACCAAUAGAUAAUGAUGUUUCACUUGCGAAAGCUUAUCAGACAACUGCAACUCCAGAGAGUAUGUCACCCAAAAAGAGAAUGUCACCAAUUAAAAUUGGUUCUCCUGUUAAAUUGGUCAAGAAAGAUUCAGGUAUUAAUAAAUCUUUUUCGUCUCCUUCUAAAACUGAUGAUAAAGAAAACGAGGAUGGUUCUUUUGCUGAACAGGAACUAGUCAACAUCAAAUUGAGAGAUUCACCUAAAAAAAGUGAAACUAAAAACCCAAAACAUGAUUACAAGCCUAGUACUGUUUCAGUUCCCUCCUUUUAUUCUAAUGAUACUUCGAGUACCAAACCCUUAAGUAUGGUAAACAAGGAUUAUCACACUGCAUGGCAACAACAAAAACAGCAAAAACAACAAGAACAACAAGAACAAGAACAGCUACACGCCGAACCUCAGCUAGAUGUUAAAGACCCAUUGCCUGGAUUACAAGAAAGAGGAAGAUUAUUCUUGAGAGUUAUCGGAUUGAAAAAUAUCGAUUUGCCUGAUAUUAAUGAUCAUCAUGCAGAUUUCUCGAUUACGUUGGAUAAUGGUGUUCAUUGUAUUAAAACCUCCAACUAUAAAAUGGAUUCCCAUAAUACCUUAAUAAACAAGGAAUUCGAGUUAACUGUCGGAAACUCUUUAGAAUUUAUUCUCACAAUGAAAGCUAGCUACGAAAAAUCUAGAGGAAAACUAGUUGAAGUCAAAGAAAGAAGGGUCGUGAAGUCAAAAAAUAGAAUUAGUCGUCUCUUUGGAUCCAAGGAUAUUAUUACUACAACAAAAUUUGUUCCUCAAGAUAUGAAGGAUAAUUGGUCUAAUAAGGUUGCGCAAGAUGGAUCGUUUGCAAGAUGUUAUGUUGAUUUGGACCAAUAUGAGAGUAAGAUCACUGGUGAAGCUUGCAAUUUUAAUAUUACUUGUUUUAACGAGUGGGAAACAAUUCCUGGAAAAGACAAUGGACCUAGGACCAGAUGUCAACCAUACAGAAUUGGACAACUUGAAGUCAAAAUGUUGUUUGUACCAAGAACUAAUAAUCAAGAAAUUUUGCCUACAAGUAUCAAAUCUGCAUAUGAGUGUAUAGAAGAUUUGAACCAAGAAUCAAACUUGACCCAUGAAGGAUAUUUGCAUCAAGAAGGUGGCGACUGUGAAAUAUUGAAAAAGAGGUAUUUCAAAUUGCAAGGUACAUCAUUAGUUGCUCAUAGUGAAUUCUCACACAAGACUAGAGCUAAGAUUAACCUUUCAAAGAUUGUCGAUGUGAUUUAUGUUGAUGAGACGGAUAUUAACAAAUCGUCCGCUAAUUAUAGAAACUUCAGUGAUGUUAUUUUAGUACCUCACUCAUUUAAGAUUAGGUUUGCUAAUGGGGAAGUGAUUGACUUUGGAGCUCCAAACAGGAAUGAGAAACUUGCAUGGGUUGCAAUUUUAGAAAAGAUUGUUUAUCGUAAUAAAUUCCGCCGCCAACCUUGGGUUAAAUUAAUGAUAGAGGAAGCAAAUGCAAAGAAGGAACCUAAUGAACGUUCUCGUACAAAAAAGAUUUUUUAA